AAAAUUACUAAAUACUAAAGAGAGGAAAACAUGGAUUAAACCCAAACCUGUCAUCAGAACUUCAUUAACCUGCAUAAGUGUGAAGAUACUGGGUCGCCAUGGAGACAGGGGCUCCUGAGGUGUCUAACCAGCGUGGUGAGAAGACAAAUUUAAGUUUUCGCGCAGAUGCUAAACCAGGCUAUGGCUCCAUAGCCAGGGACCCAACAGACAAGUCCAAAUCCUCACCGGAGGAUGCAACUGUCAUCUCCCCGGGACGGGGACGAAUAGCUGUAGCAGUUCUGUGCUACAUCAACCUGCUUAACUACAUGGAUCGCUACACAAUCGCAGGUGUUCUACCCAGCAUCCAAAAGUUCUUUGGCAUCAGUGAUAGCACAUCAGGCUUGCUACAGACAGUUUUCAUCUGCAGUUUCAUGCUGUUGGCGCCCAUUUUCGGUUACCUGGGCGACCGCUACAACAGGAAACUUAUCAUGAUCGGCGGGCUGUGCGCAUGGCUUGUGAUGACCCUUAGCAGUUCUUUCGUAACGGAGUCGCAAUUCUGGCUGCUGGUUUUGUUGAGGGCGUUUGUUGGUACAGGGGAGGCUAGCUACUGCACCGUCGCCCCAACUAUCAUUGGAGAUCUGUUUACUGGCUCCAGGAGAACUCUGAUGAUCUCCUUCUUCUACAUCUUCAUCCCCGUGGGGAGUGGCCUUGGAUACAUUCUGGGAGCUACACUGGCAACUGCAACUGGGGACUGGCGUUGGGCGCUGAGACUCAACCCCAUACUGGGUUCAGUGGGACUUUUAUUACUGGUUUUCUUCGUCCCAAACCCUCCUCGAGGAGCUGCAGAGACGCACGGAAGGAUCCAUAUCGAGCACACGUCAUAUUUAGAGGACAUCAAAUACCUGUUAAAGAAUCGGAGUUUUGUGUGGUCCUCUCUUGGCGUGACAGCCAUGGCGUUUGUUACAGGAGCCUUGGCUUUCUGGACACCCACCUUCCUGUCUCGGGCUCAGGUCAUCCAAGGAAUCAGAGAACCGUGCUCUAAGGAACCAUGUGACACCACAGACAGUUACAUAUUCGGAGCGAUCACGGUGGUGACGGGGAUUGUGGGAGUUAUCAUCGGCAGCUGCAUAUCCAAGAAACUGAAAAACAGGGUUCCCAAUGCAGACCCUCUGAUCUGCGCAGUGGGCAUGCUUAGCUCCGCCCCCUGCUUCUUCAUCGCCAUCGUCCUGGCAUCCACCAGCAUCCCAGCCACAUACGUUUUCAUCGCUCUGGGGGAGAUUCUGCUGUCUCUGAACUGGGCUAUUAUUGCUGACAUCCUCCUGUAUGUAGUAGUGCCAACCAGGAGAGCUACAGCAGAGGCCCUGCAAAUUAUGGUCUGUCAUCUCCUUGGCGACGCAGGAAGCCCAUACCUCAUUGGGGCGAUCUCUGACAGGCUGAAGGCGAUGAAGCCGGACUUGUCCAGCUGGAGUUUCCGCAGUCUGGAGUACAGUGUUCUCCUCUGUCCCUUCAUCGGCGUUCUGGGCGGGCUCUUCUUUCUCCUCACCGCGCUCUAUAUCAAAGAGGACAGGAAAGCCGUCCAGCUGCUUACCACAGGAGAGGACUCUCAGCAAGUCGACUCUGUGACAGAAUCGACCUAAACCUCAGUGCUCAGGGUUAAUCUAGAACAUUCCAGGACUGAGUGUGUGCUGAGCGGA